AUGUCUGAUCUGCAUCACUGCCGCUCGGACUCUAGCUCGUGGUCCGUACUGGCUCUAAGCGGGCAGGAUAUCGCGACAGAGGCCAUCGGUCCCACUGUCGCACGGAGCGAGACGGCCAACAGGUACGCGGGCUGUGAGACGCCGCCGCUGGGUAACCACAAUGAGGUCUCCUUCACGAAGGGUGGGAUGGUCACCGGGCCUCAUGAAGAGGCGAUAGCGACCUCGUGUCUUGAAAAAGACUAUGAUGACGAGCACCUGUUGCAGAGUUCUGCCGAAUCGUGGGUGGAGCUGAACCCGGCGGAGCUAGGGGCAUCGCCAGAAACGCAGCAUCCUCUUACUGACAUGUCUGCAUCUACGCGUAUGGUUGUUGUAGCGCAACCGUGUGCGCUGCUCUCCAGUGCGCUGGAGGAUGCGGAGGAGAAUCGCUCUCUAGAGGAGCUUGAGACGCAAGACGAAGUGGCGCCGUGUCUGCCCGCCCCUCAGGAGCCCUCGUACACCCUGCCGAGUGUCAACGAGGAGGUGGGUGUGUCGGCGCUCACUCGUCUUCUGAUUGGCGAGACGAAAGCUUCCACUGAGGUGACAGAGCAGAAGCCGCGCUCUUCGUUCUCGUCUAGGGCUGCCGACAUGAGCGAUGACCUCGCCUCGGUGGACGAUGACGGAACACAGGUGAGGCAGACGGUGUGUGUCGACCCCGACAGCGAGACGUCCAUCUCAGAGUUGAAAGUCUCUGCGAACUCCUCGCCAAUGGUCGGUAUCACGGAGGUGCUGCAUCGUCGGGUCAUUCAGGAGGACCUCCUGCGAACGGAGCGAGGGCCGUCGGAGCUGCCCCUGGAGGAGCGCAUGGCCGUCAUUCACGCACUCUUUGGCGAUUUUGGCGACGCACCGAUUUCCGCAGAGAAGUUCCGUGAAGUCAUGGUGCCGUAUCAACGCCACUGCGAGUGCCUUGGUGCUUCCUACGGCUUCCAUCACCAAAGCUGUCGGUUCUUCGCAGAAUUCCCCGUCUCCCUAUAG